UCGUGGCCGUAGAGUUGUCUGGGCCCAUGAACAUCGCAGUAAUUGUUGUGAUGUUUAUCACCUCAGCAAAACACGAUUUUGGAGUAGGUGAUGUUUGUGAUUAGCAUGCUGCCAAACUGACAGAACCUGGACGCCUCUCUGUUUCAGUUGAACUGCCCACAUUAGUGGAGAAGCCUCUAGAGCCUCCUCAGCGUGGGACCAAACCAAACCGAAUCAAGCCGAUUAUCUGCCGGAUCAAAUUUCCGAGCUCUGACAAGUGACAACAGGGAUGGCAACCGGUAGCGAAGCUGGAAAGCCCGCGGAGGUCGUGCUGGAGUGGCCUAAGCAGGACAAAAAGAGGAUGCUGCAUGCUGUUUACCGUGUGGGAGAUCUGGACCGCACCAUUAAGUGUUACACAGAAUGCUUUGGGAUGAAGCUGUUGAGGAAAAGAGAUGUUCCUGAAGAGAAGUACACCAAUGCGUUUCUUGGGUUUGGACCUGAGGACAGUAAUUUUGCACUUGAGCUGACUUACAAUUAUGGUGUCGACAAGUAUGACAUUGGAGCGGGCUUUGGACAUUUUGCCAUCGCACAUGAGGAUGUGUACAAGCUGGCUGAGACAAUUAAAUCAUCUUCAUGUUGUAAGAUCACUCGUGAACCUGGUCCUGUCAAGGGAGGGUCCACUGUGAUUGCUUUUGCACCAGACCCAGAUGGUUACAUGUUCGAGCUUAUCCAGAGGGGUCCGACGCCUGAGCCUCUCUGUCAAGUUAUGCUUCGUGUUGGUGACCUUGAUCGGUCUAUCAUGUUCUACGAGAAGGCCCUUGGGAUGAAGCUUCUGAGGAAGAAGGAUGUGCCUCAGUACAAGUACACUAUUGCCAUGAUGGGCUAUGCUGAGGAGGAUAAGACCACUGUUCUGGAGUUGACAUACAACUAUGGUGUCACAGAAUAUAACAAGGGCAAUGCAUAUGCUCAGGUUGCUAUUGGCACUGAUGAUGUGUACAAGAGUGCUGAAGCAGUUGAGCUGGUUACCAAAGAACUAGGUGGAAAGAUCCUACGUCAGCCUGGGCCACUACCGGGGCUGAACACGAAGAUCACCUCUUUCCUUGACCCCGAUGGCUGGAAAGUGGUUCUGGUGGAUCAUGCGGACUUCCUCAAGGAACUCCACUGAAGAUCAGCAGGCCCCGGGGCCAGGGGUUGUUGAGGAGGCAAACCUUAUGCAGCAAUGGCCUUUUGAUGUAAUAAAAUGGCAGCCUCUACCGCUCCGCCAACAAAAAUAAAAGCUACUGUAGCACCGAAUACGUAUGCCGUGAUUGGCCUAGUUAGAGAAGAGUGCUUGGGACUUGCUGUGUACAGUAUGUGCUAUGAUCGCUGAACAUGGAUACUACUGAGAUGGAUCUGUUUGCGUAGUCGGAGUGUGGUUUUCUAUGAUCUUUUUUUUGAGGUAAUGGUUUUCUAUGAUCUGGUAUGUUUUACUACCUCUGUUUUUGAACUGCAAAAAUGUCUUAUACUCCGUAUUUA